GAGGCACGAGCCACGGCGCUCCAGAGCCAUGUUAAGGGCGGCUAUAGAGGCGAAUCCCAGAUAGAACAGUAUCGAGUGAAGGAAUGAUGGAUUUUGACGAGAGGGUCCCCGUCGGAUCGAACAUGUAUUUACCUAGUUGUACCUACUAUGUGUCGGCGGGGGCAGAUUUUUCCACUCUCCCCUCAUUUUUGUCCCAGACCCCUUCUACUCGCCCCAUGACGUACUCCUACUCCUCUAACCUGCCGCAAGUUCAGCCCGUGAGAGAGGUGACGUUCAGGGACUAUGCUGCCAUUGAUGCGUCCAGUAAAUGGGCGCACAGGGGAAAUCUGCCCCAAUGCUAUCCCCCCACAGAGGACAUGGUGCACAGAGAUUGUCUGUCGGCACAGACUACCGUGGGGGAAAUGUUCGCCAAAAACAACCCUGCUGCCGCUGCCGCGUACCACCACCAUCACUCAGGCUCGGGAUCCGCAUCCAAUUUCUACGGUAAUGUUGGGAGGAACGGGGUGCUGCCUCAAGCGUUUGACCAGUUUUUCGAGACGGCAUAUGGAAAUCCAUCAGAAAACCAUUCGGCGAACGACUACUCAGGGGACAAAACGGUCACCAAGGCGGCAAGCUCUGCACCGGAGCACGCGCCAUCAUGCCGGGACACAGAGGCGAAAGAGCCGCGCGAGGAGACAAGCAGCCCAGAGUCUUCCGGCAACAAUGAGGAGAAAUCGAGCAGCAGCAAUGGACAAAGGACCCGUAAGAAAAGAUGUCCUUAUUCUAAAUAUCAAAUAAGAGAACUGGAGAGAGAGUUCUUUUUCAGUGUGUACAUUAACAAGGAAAAACGGCUGCAGCUCUCUCGUAUGUUGAACCUCACCGACCGUCAAGUAAAAAUCUGGUUUCAGAACCGAAGAAUGAAGGAAAAGAAAUUAAACAGAGACAGAUUACAGUAUUACACCACGAAUCCUCUGCUAUAGGAUUCAUUGCGUACAGACUUGACUGCUGUGUCUUUUCCUCAGACGUAUGGCUGCAACAAAACGACAGUGACCACAACAGCAACAACUGCGCUCAACGGUUAAUUUCAAGUUCGAGGACAAUUUACUCUCCUGAUUUGAAACUUGUUUCAAAUCAACAUGAAGACAUAGUAUGAACAUUUAUUUCUCAUAAGACUUUGUUUAGGAGUCCUUCUGUCGUCACAAAGACAAUUUUAUUUUGUUCAGACAUAUUCUAAUAUUAUUAGAGCGCACAGUCUCUUUGUUAAUUUUCUUUUCACGCGGACAACCUAAUCAGUCUAUGCACUGACCUUGCGUUUUUGUAAUCAAAGUAACUCUUGAUUUUAAUUUUCUGUUAUUGAAUCUUAGGACUCUCAACCUGGUUGGUUUACUCGUGUGAUGUCGUAGGCCUACAAGUUAACACUUUUGGUUACGGACUUUGGUAGCCUAUGACCAAAUAUGCCUAAUGACUCUGCGCAGACAUUGUCUCUAUUUGUUAGGUUAUUUAUUUUGUGGCCAUUGUUUACUCAUGUGUAAAACUAUGGCUAUUGGGAUACCAUGUUUAUUUAGUAUGACCCCAGCCCAUGUUAACCCCAUUUUCCUCACACAACACAUUGUAGUUUUUAAUGUGUCUAUCUGAUCACGCACACAUCUAAUUAGAAUUUGUGGUAUACGGAUACCGAACAGACGUUGACAACAGCCCACACCAGAUAUAAGGCCUAAGCUUGUUCAGCAUUGCCGUGGGUUGCAUUGUCGCACUCUGUGGCACACUUAAAUACGCAAUAUAGGGCCGUAGUCUUCCGACAUACGGUUUCAUAAAAAAAAUACAUUGUUCUUUACUGCAGUCAUGUAAUGGAGAAAAUCCUUUUGAAAUGUAAUGUCAGGUAUCAACUGCUUGGUAUGACCAACAUUAUUGUGUAUUAUCCUAUAUUUCGAAAUUAAAAAUGAAAAUAUUC